AUGACUACCCCAAUCCAACAGAACCUGGUCGAGAAGAACAAGGAGUAUGCAGCAACCUUCACGAAAGGGCAUCUUGCGCUUCCUCCGGCUAAGAAAUAUGCUGUUGUGACGUGCAUGGAUGCACGAAUCGACCCGGCGGCCGCCUACGGAAUCGACCUUGGAGACGCGCAUGUCAUCCGGAACGCGGGCGGGUCGGCCAAAGAUGCGCUGCGCAGUCUGAUCAUAUCGCAGCAGCUGCUGGGGACGCAGGAAAUUGUGCUCAUCAAGCACACGGGAUGCGGGAUGCUGACGUUCGGCAACGAGGAGGCGCAGGCGCUCGUCGAGGCGAAUCUGGGCAAGGAGGCGGGAGAGCAGGUCAAGGGGCUCGAUUUCCUGGCGUUUCCGGAUUUGGAGGAGGAGGUCCGCAGGGACGUCAAGUGGCUGGCAGAGCAGAAAACGAUCCCGCGGCAGGUCACGGUCAGCGGGUGGGUUUAUGAGGUCGAGACGGGCAGGGUCAGGAGGGUGGAGUAG